UGUUUACAUCGCCGUGCUUUUGAGAGUGCCCUAGAAAUGAAAAGUUUUCUGGAAUUAUCACACAAUUUUAUGAUAAAUCACCAGUGAGUGCCUUGCAAGGUGGAGAAGAAAUGAUUUUCUGACGAAGGAGAAUGUGACCAGCAGCCUCAGACGAUCCAGCAGCAACGAGAGUUUGGAGAAGAAGAAGCCCUUCUCUCGUCCAUUUAGCAAGUCCCGUCUCGACAAUCCAGCAGGGCGCUCUGUAAGGAUGGCCAGUCCGGCACCCGUUGAGACGGCGGCUCUGCUGCGCCAGAACCAGGAGCUACGACAGCGUUUGCAGGAGGAGGCGAGUAACUACCGCCGACGCCUGGACACGUACAAGCAGGCGCAGCAGAACCAGGCUAAUCUCGUGGGCCGGCUGCAGUCGAAAGUGAUGCAGUACAAGCAGCGAUGCUCAGAUCUGGAAGGUCAGGUGCACGAGACUCUGCCACCGGUGCCUUCCUACUCAUCGAGGAGCACUCAUCAACCGACUUCGAUGGCCGCAAUUCCACUACCACCGCCAGCAGGUCACUCAGCCACUUCUGCACCCUUGAGUUUGCCUUGUCCGGUGCCUUGUGAUCAGCCCUCGCCGCCGAUGCACUCGUACCACCAUGAGAAUGGAGAAGAAUUGUCGCGUCGCUUCGAGGAAGAGCAUCUAAGAUGCGAACAACUCUUGGCGCAGAACAAUUUGCUGAGGCAGCAGUUGGAGGAAUCUCAUCGCACUAAUGAGAUGUUGACGACCGAUUUGCAGAAGUUGACAACUGAUUGGGAGGCUUUGCGCGAUGAUAUGUUGGCCAAGGAGGGCGAGUGGAAAGAAGAAGAGCAGGCCUUCAAUGAUUACUACAACAACGAGCACACCAGACUCUUGAGGAUGUGGCGAGAAGUGGUUGCUGUGAAGAGGAAUUUCAAGGACAUGCAGACGUCCAUGAAGACAGAUCUCAAUAAGAUGCGCUAUGAGAUGAUGGGCAUCAAUCGCGAGGUGUCCAGUGCUUGCAGUGGCGUCACAGUGAAUCUCAAGCAGGCCAGUCGCUAUGAAGAAGCCAAUCAGAUGCAGAUUGAGCGGGACAACAUGGAUCUGAAGUCCCAGAUGGCCUCGCUGAAAGUGCAGUACGAGACGAGUAAGAUUGAACUGGAGCAGCGCGACCAGAAGAUGCAGCAGCUGAUGCACGAGCUGAAGACGCUGGAGGACAGGUGCAUGCACGCGGAGAAUCAAGCUGCCCAGGCGCAGAGACUCAAUGAUGAGAUUGAGCGCCUGCAGCAUGCUCUCAGGGAUAUCGCCCACGCGGUGGUUCAGGACGCCGAUGCCUCUAAUGACGUGGAGACUGUGGCCAAUCAUAUGCAUCUCUCUCAGGGCGCCCAACUGCCUCCCAGAUCCCCAAAACGUGGGGGUUGUCGCACGUCGCAGGCGUUCGCCGAAGGGACAAUUUCAGCCGUUCAAGCGGCUCUGCAUAAGUACCAACUCUCAAUCCAUGAUUUGCAAGUGAAGUUGCAAUCCAACAAUGAUGCCUUGUCAAUCACGAAGAAGCAGCUGGAGAGCACAGAGAAUACCCGGGAUAUCUUGACGUCGAAGCUCACAGAGAUGACUGAGAAGAUGGAUGGAACGAAUUACCAGUUAUCGGAGCUGUGCAAGGAGCGUGAUAGUCUCCAGAAGACUUUAGAGGGAAUGCGAAUGGAUAAGCACACAAUGGAGAGGGGCAAAGCGGAGCUAAACUCAAUGGUGGAUUCUUUGAAUUGUGACUAUGAAAAGCUCCAAAAUCACACAUCGAAGAUGCAAAAGCUAAUUGACUCUCUGGACGAGGAGAAGAAGAUACUGGAGCUGGAGAUGCAGCGCUCUAUGAAGGACAAGGAGAUCCUGGAAAUGAAUUUGAGAGCCGAGGAAGAGAGGACCAGCCGUCUGCGUGAAGAGACCAUCACCCUCAGGGAGGAACUGAACAAGGUUUAUCUCUCGCGUGACCUUCUGGAGCAGCAGAGAAUGGAGGCGGAAAGUCUUUUGGCGCUCACAGAGAAGCAAAAAGCCGACUUGGAGUAUGAAUUUGAGAAGUUGUCUCUUGAGAAAGUGGAAUUAUCUGAGCGUCUGGACAAGAGCAGCAACUCUGGUGACAAUUUGUCGCAGGAAGUGAAGCAAUUGAAGGGCGUGAUUGGAGAAUUGGAGGAGGAGCGGAACAAAUUCAAGACCCUGUCUUCAGAAUUGGGUGUGGAUGUUGCUUCGCUGAAGAAGGAACUGAUUUCGGCCGAGCAAGUUCGUCUGGAUUUGGAGUCUGAGAAGCUGUCCAUCAGUGAGAAGCUGAAGUUCCUGGAGAUUGACAAGGACAAGGUGGAGCAGGAGCUGAUUCAGGUGACUCGAGAGCGUGGAGAUGUGGCCAAUCAGCUCACGGUCAUCACGCGCAAGAAGGAAGGCCUGGGUGAAGAGCUAAUGAGACUUCGUCAGCGCAUGGAGCAGUCUAAUGAAACUAAUAGUCGUCUUAAUCGCAAUCUCGAGGACUUGGUGAAGGAGAAUGAGGAGAAGAUGGUGGUUAUUGAGGGCCAGGAGAAGGAAUUGCAGCGAAUGCAGGAACAACUGGCAUCGCUGAGGAGUGAAAAGGAAGCUCUUGAAGCAGUUCUAUUUGACACAAACACAACUCUCGAGGCGACUGAGGUGAAGAAAGAGCAAUUGGAACAUGAAGUUCAAGAUCUCCUGAUAAAGCAGGAAUCCAUGAGGAAUCAAAUUGCAAGACUCGUGAAGGACUUUGAGAAUAGCGAGAGACGUGCUCAGGAAAUGAAGAUUCAACUUACAAAUGCGGCAGCGAAUCAAGAAGCGGAGUUCUUGCAGAAGAUUGCCAACUUGAAGGCAAUGGCUGAGGAGAACGCAAAGAAAUUGAAUGAGGAGAAGGAGCAAAUAAGGGCAUCACUUGAGAAACGGAUGCAGAGCUCAUUGUUGGCUCUCCAGGCCUCCAAGGAUGCAGAGAUUGAAGCCUUGAAGGAGCGAUAUGAUCAGCUGCAGAUGCACGUGGAGGCUCUCUGUCAGCAGCACGAGGAAGUGAUGAUAAGGGCCGAGAAUGAUAAGCAGCAGGCUCUCAUGUUGGCACACAGAGACAAGCAGGCAGUUAUUGAGCGUUUGGAUGCUGUGAGCAGGGAUUUGGCGGCUGAGAACGAUACGUGCGAAAGAUUGAGGCGCGAAGGAGCGGCCAGAGCUGAGAAGGACAGAGCGACAAUCAACCAGUUGAGAGAAGAGAUCACUCGUUUGAAGGCGAAGAUGGAAGAGAGCAGGCAAAAACACGAAGAGGAUCUUCAUAAGUUAGAGUCCUAUUUGAGUUCUCUUCGCGAGGAGCGCGAAGCAGCUCAGAAGGAGAAUGAGGAACUUCGUGUUCAGAUUCGCCUCUGUGAGGACAGAGGUGAUUCUCUGAAUAACCAAUUGAUUGAAACUGUGAGGAAAUUGAAAGAAACUGAAAAUGCGGUUGAGGCUGCUCGAAAGGAGUUGACGGACACAAGACGUGCUCUGGCUGACAGUAAUAUUGAAAAGGACAAAUAUGCCAACACAAACAGAGAUCUCAGGGAUCAUGUGAAGCGCGUUGAGGGACAGAGGAGAGAGGCUACGCGUAUGCACGAAGAGGCGCUGCAGAAGAUUGCUGGUUUAGAGGAGGCGCGCACAGCUAAUGAGGUGGAGAAGACCAGACUGGCCACAUUGCUCAAGGAGACGGACAAUAAUGUUGCGAAAUUAAAUCAGGAGCUGCAACAGGCGCAGAAUAAUCUGCAGAAGAUGGCAUCGAAUGCCUCGCAGAAGGAUGUGGUGGAGAAGGAGCUUCACGCGAGGCUAACGAAUGAGAUGGAGGAGAAGGAGCGCAUCCAGGCGGAACUUCAUCAGGCGAAGAAGCAACUGGCGGAUUUGGAUGCUAAUUUGCACGCGACACGCCAAGAAUUGGGUCGCUCGCGUUGCAAAUUGAAUCAGGACGAGCAUCGCUGGCACGGGCGAGAGCAAGAGUUGUUGCAGCGCUUGGACGAGGGACGGUGCAGGGAGAAGAGACUGGAGGAUCAGAAGCACAACUUGGAAGUGUGCCUGGCCGAUGCCACGCAGCAAAUUCAGGAGUUGAAGGCACGUUUGGGCGGUUGCGAAGGUCGUGUUCGUGCUCUGGAUGAGCAACUUAUUCAGACGGAGAGUGCAAAACGUGAGGUGGAGAACAGAUUGAGUUCUAUCGCUCACACUCUUCGGCGCAUCGCCGGAAUUCAACUGGACGGCACUGUGAGUUUGCCCUAUCGCCUUCUCAGUCCCUCGAGGCGCUACAGCCCGGCUCGUGGUGGUCAUGACUAUGACUGUCGAAGUGUGGCUGGUGAUGGACCCAUAAUUGAUGUGGACCCAGAGAUGGUGAGGAAGGGAGUGAGAACACUGAUGCAACAAGUGGCACAAAUUGAGCGCGAAAAGGAUGACUUUAAGGCUCAAUUGGCCACAGCGAGGAAGCAACUCCAGGAGGGAGCCGAAGCUCAGGCGAAGGGUGAGAACAAGAUAUCCAAGCUGCAGCAGGUGCUGCGCUCUGUCCAAGAGGAGAAGGCCAAUGUGGAGGCGAAGUUGAACCAGAAGGGAUCAGCUCUUCAAGUUGUGGAGGAGAAUUUGCGUCAGAAGAUUGAGGAAGUCAACAUGCUGAGGGAGAAGGUGAACAGUCUGGAAGUGUCUCUGGCUAGUAGUGCUGAGGAGAGAGCUCAGUGUGAGGAGCGCCUGGAGAAAUGCCGACAAUCCGUCAGUCGUCUGGAGAGUGAGAAGAGACAUCUGCAAGAGGAGCUCACUCGCUGUGAGAAUCGCGCAUCGAAAUUGGAUUUGCAACGUGUGGCUCUCGAAGGAGACAUCCAGAGAUUGCAGAUGGCUCUCCACGAGAAGGAGAAUAAUCUGCGAAGCCUGCAGGAGCGCUUUGAGAAUCAAGGGCGUGCGUCAACGCAGUUAGAAGACAGAUGUAUUGCGUUGAAGACGACCGUUGAUCAACUCAAGGAGCGCCUCCAGAGUGCUGCCAUCACGGAAACCGAGCUUAGGGCGGAGAUUAACUGCCUGCACAAGGCGCACUCCGAGCAGGGUCACAAUGUCCUCGCGGGACAUGAUAAGCUGAAGCAGAUUCAGAAGACGUUGAGCAACAGUGAGAAUGAGAGACGCAUCCUGGCGGAACGUCUUGAGGCUGCUCAGAGCGUGUCUAAUGACUUGAGGAGGACUCAGCAGGCACAGCAAGAUUCCUGCCAGCGUUUCCAGGAGCAAGUGGCUGAAUUGGAAGUGCAGAAGUCCGCUCUGGAGUCUCAGCUGAGGAUUGCCAAGUGGAAUCAGGAGAACGCCGAUCAGAUGUCCGCAACUGUGCCCAGCACCGCGGACGGAGACGCCUUGAGACAGAUGCAGCGCGAGAGAUCUGAGCUGAGAGUGAAGGUGGACACGUUGAAUGAGAAAGUGCGCACGUUGGAGAAUGAGAAGAGGAACAUGGAGAGGAGCAGCAAGUUCUCUGGGCAGGUGCAGUUCGAUAGAUCAGAGAAGAGUCUCUAUGAUGGUGGGCGUGGGGAACUUGACUCCAAUCGCUUGGAGACGGACACUUCGAUGUCCAGAGGUGGUCAUGGAGCGCUGAGCUCAUCGUUCAACUGUGGACUGGAUCACACGCUGAUUGAGCAGGAGAAUCGGGACUUGAGGAUGAAGUGUCGCCGUCUGGAGACUCUGUUGGCCGAGAAGGAGUCAGAAUUGGCAAGGGCGAAGGCGAAAAUGGCUGAGAUUCCCAAGUGUAUGUCCAGUGAUGCGGAGAAGUAUCGAUCUGCUCAGCUCCAAGCUGAGCGGCUCUUGGACGCCAGGGAGCAAUCUCACCGACAGCAAGUGCUGCGCCUAGAGAAUCAGAUUUCCAUGCUUCGUGAGCAGCUGGCUCAGGAGGCGAAACGGAGGCAGCAUUACAUAUUAAGAAGCACCAGAGCUGGGCGAGAGAUGCAACAAUUGCGUCAGACACUGGGCGAUAGUCUUCGCCAUGUGGCCCAAGAACCACUCGAUCCCAUGACUCUCGAGAGCGAGACCAGAAGAUUGGACAGUGCCGUUUCUCUGAGUUUGCCACCAAACUCAGGCAGGGAAUAUGAGCACCACAGUGGCUACAGUCCACGCUACAAAUAGUCAGCAUUUUUGCAAUGAAUCUCCCCGCGAAUUGGCGGGAGAUCGAAGACAUCUAGUCGGGUAAUCAUUUUAUUGAAGAGAGAUAAUCACUUCACUGCCGACUCUUCGAAGCGGAGAAGAGGAUAAUAUUUAUUUGAGAAAAAAAAACGCUACAAUACCAAAGGGAAAUCUCAGAAAAAAGAUGUGUUCAUGUGGUUUUUUCCGAUGUUUCACGUAUAAAACUAGUCACGAAUUGUUGAGGAAUGAGAGGAGGAUUCAAGGAUCUAUUUAGUAGGGCACUGAUUGCACUCCAAAGACAGUAUUAAUGUUUGUCCAUGAAUGAACACACGGAAAAUUGUAGAGAGAGAUUUUAUGCUUGAUAUAAUAAAUAUUCUGAAAACACAGAAAAAGAGUGUGUAAUUAAAUUUUGAUAUGGAGUGUAAUUUCAUCUCAUCAUUGUACGUUAUGUUUUGAAAG